CAAAACAACUUUACUCUCGGAGCUUAGCAGGCAGGGAGAGGGGGAGAGAAUCAGCCAUGGCUGAGAGCGAAAGAUUGGACGCUGCCCAACCGCAGCAAAUCGACGAGCCGAAACAGCCACGCGGCGACGAAGGAGACAAGGAUUUGGAGGGAGGCGGGGAGGAAUUGGAACCAGUCUUCGAUGAUGAAGGGGAAGGAGAAGAGGGUUAUUAUGGUGAUGAAGGUGGUGAGGACGAGGAUCGGCGCGGCGAGCUGAGUACGGCCGUUGCUGAGGUAGAAGAAGGCGCUGGUGCUGAGUUGUUGAGGUCUAGGCCGGAGGAGAAGUCGGGAAACCUAGGUGCGGCGGCGGCGGCAGUACCGGAAAAGGAUCAGUGUGUAGCGCCAGUGGAUGAUCUGGCAGGUUCCAGCGGGAAUCCAGCUUCGGAGGCGCGUACGGAAGCUGAAUUCAAGGAACAAGUGGGAUCGUCACAGCAAGAAGCGUUGGAGGAUGAUCCACCACAGGAUGCUAAAGCUGAGACUGAAAAUGGCCUUCAGUUGUCUGUUUGUCCAGCUCCUGCAUCAGAGCUGUCGCCAACUUCGGUUACCCAACCCGUGUCAGCUGGUACAAGUCCAACAGUUCCUGAGCAGAGAUUGCCCUUGUCUAAGUGCACCAGUGGUCCUGUGCAAGAAGCAGAUCAACCAGAGCCCUCUGAUAUUAGAAAGCUAGUCAUACCUGUUCCAAAAACGGCUACCCCUGAUGGUUACAACUGGCGAAAGUAUGGUCAGAAGCAAGUGAAGAGUCCUUAUGGUUCUCGGAGCUACUACAGAUGCACGCAUUCCGACUGUUUUGUUAAAAAGAUCGAGUGCACUGAUCAUUGUGGCCAUGUCAUUGAGAUUGUUAAUAAGGGAAUGCACAGUCACGAUCCACCUCGGAAGAGCAAUUCCAAAAGGGUAAGUAGGAUUGCAUCAUUUGGUGGGCGUACUUCAGAGGAUGUCAUUACACAACAUGCAAGUAGACUUAAAGAAUCGGAUCCAGCAAUGCCGUUAAAAGAACCUACAGAAGAAAAGGCCAUGAUCGCUCAUAGAAAACGUUUGAGCCCAAGUGGCUCUAGUGAGAAUGAUCCUCGUCAAAUUAAAGAGGAACAUGCCUGUGUAUCGGAACCCAAAAAAAGGAUGAAAAUGGACGACCUGGAUUGCUCAGGGGCUCUCACCAAGACUGAGAAGAAACCUAAGUUUGUUGUGCAUGCUGCUUGCGAUGUUGGGAUCUCAGGUGAUGGAUAUCGAUGGAGAAAAUACGGACAGAAGAUGGUAAAGGGAAACAGUCAUCCCAGGAACUAUUACAGAUGCACAUCUGCUGGUUGCCCAGUCCGCAAGCACAUCGAGACAGCAGCCGACAACUCCAGCUCCGUCUUCAUAACAUACAAAGGCAUCCAUGAUCAUGACAAGCCGGUCCCAAAGAAGCGUCAAGGCCCGCCUAGCGCUCCUCUGAUCACCGCCGCAGCUGCAGCAGCCUCCAUGAACAACGCCGUGCAGCAGCAAAAUAAGAGAACCGUGCCCCCGCUGAAACCAGAAACCUCAUUAACUGUCGGAGGUGACGAAAGGAAGGACAAGGCGGUCGAAUCAACAGCUCGGGCUCUCAUAAGCAUUGGCUUCGAAAUCAAGCCUUGUUAAAAUCAAGCCUUGUUAAAUAACCAACCUAUGGGGUCGAAGACUCGAAUCGGAAAAAACGACCAUCAAUUCAAAUGCUCCCUCCUAAGUUGGUGGCAAAGCUCUUAAUAAAACAACAUUCAUCCCCUGAGUAGUGCCACCAGACAGAAAAAGAGUGGGCCCAUCAAGUUGCGUACUAGCACAGUACUGAAUCAGCUGCUAUGCCUCCAAGCUCAAGUCGUCAAUGGUUAUGGAGAUCUCUGAUCCUAUGAUUUCGCCGUUCGUCUUCCCGCGACCACCUUGUUCUUGCUCGCAUUCCUCUGCUGCUGCCUUGAUGGUGCCAUUCUCUUCCUUCCCUUCUGCCACAUUUACACAUUCCUGGAACCUGAAGCAGCCGAUGAGGUGAUCGUUUGUGAUCCCUGCUGACUGCAUGAAAGAGUACACGAUGGUGGGCCCCACGCUGCGGAAUCCUCGCCGCACCAGGUCCUUGCUUAUGGCAUCUGCUUUGGGGGACUUUACGGGGAUCUGCCUUGGGUACCGGAAUCGAUUGACUAUAGGCUUGUCGUUCACAAAGCUCCAUAUGUAUUUGUCGAAUGAACCAAACUCUUCUAUCACCUGCCAUGAAUAAAACAAGAAACCUGCAUUUUGUUAGCUGCAGUAUUCGGUAUGGCAUUACUAUUGUUUGUACAACAAUUGCCAAUUGGAUAGGCUAGAAGAGCAACAGUUAGGGGGUCGUUUGGAUGUCGGUUUGGGCGGGUUUAGCUUAAAAUCAAUUUAUGACAAUCCACCCUUAAAAUCCAACAGCCAAAUAACAAACGUUGAAAUCUGUAAGUAUCAAAUCCAUCACUUUCC